AACUUACUUCCCCUACAACCGCCCAAACUGGCUGCCCGGCUUUCCAUUCGCCAUUCGCCACCUGCGGUCUCGGACACCCACACCCCUAUCGUCACGAACAGGGGGAGGCGUGGCAAUGAGCCUUUCCAUUGCGCCACACACCCACCGCAGGCCCGCGUUCUGCCAUCGACCAAAAUGGAGGAGCCAGCCUCCGCGCCCAGGGACUCCUCCUCCUCCCCCCGCGGCGGCGGCGGCGGUGGGGGCAGAGCCGAUGUCGUGCUCGUCGGCCCCGUCGUGGGCGUCCAGACCCCGGCCAACCGCUUCGGCCGCCCGGGCGUCGAGCGCGAGAUACGCGCGAGGAUCUUCGAGAUGCACCAGAACCCCCUGAUCGCCGCCGACAACGACGACUUUGAGGACACGGACAGCGAGGACGAGAGCGUCCUGGCCGGCGGGAACGCUGACGGGGGCGUCGGCGGCGGCGGCGGCGGCGCCAACGGAGCGUUGGAGGACGGGUCCGACGACGGCGCCAGCGUCGCCGACAGCACCACGUCCGCCUCGGCCCCGCCCCACGAGAUGCUCCAGUUUGGUCGCCAGCGGAUGAACCUGACCGUCCUCUCCCAGCAAUACAAUCUCUACUUUGUCGCAUACAAGGGCAGGAUACACGUCUACGAACCCCAAAACGCGCCCCAGGUCAUCAAAGAUGGCCCGCUCCUCGUGCUCAAGCCCGCGCCGUCCGCGAUCGCCGCCCUCUGCCCGGGUCACAUCGACCAGGCUUCAGGCCAUGAGAUCAACAACAUAAUAGUCGGCGACCUGGGCGACCUGGAGGUCAUUGUGGCGGCCUACGACGACGGGGACGUCGUCGGAUACUACACACACACGAUAGCGGCCGCCAUCGAGCACUUGGCGCGGAAGAACAAGGAGUGGACCUCGACGCCGCGACAUCCGCGAGCAUUCUUCCACGAUGCUGUGGGGUCGUCGGCCUGGGGCCUUGCUUUGCACAAGAAGUCGCGUCUGCUGGCGGUGAGUUGCAACCUGAUGGAGAUCACGGUAUUUGCCUUCGCUCUCAAGGGGCCCGGCGGUUCGUCUGGUGACCUGGCGGCCCCAACCGCCCAGUUUUCGAAUCACGACGUGGCCCGGACGGAGGGCUCAUCGCCGCUGCUGGCCUCGUCGGGCCUGACGGCCGAAGCCCUCGAGAGGCACCUGCGGGGUCGGACUCGGGAUUGGAGGAUCAUCUUGACGCAGCCCAGCAAGGUUGCGGCCAAUGUUCCCGGCAUUGACUUCCUCGAUGACGAGCACGGCUCGGCCGAAAAGGUCGUGGUAGUCGAUAUCAACGGCUCCUGCUGGAUGCACUCGAUCUGGAGCCUGGGUGCCAGUAUCUCGAGAAUCCCGAUGUGGAGUACGGAUGGUUGCUGCAACUGGGGAGUGAUGGUGCUCCCGGACAAAUUCUUCAGACAGGCACAGACAGCCGAAGAAUUUCUGGGGGCGCCGGUCAGUAGUAUCGACGCAACCUGGAGCGUGCCUUCUGGAGUGCUGCUGGACAUCAGCCGUACUGCGAAGCUUAUUCCUGGGAAUCCUACGGCCGAGGUUGAAGUGGAGAGGCUUCCAAUCGCCAGACACCGGUUCCGCCUUCCGCCCACUACCUUACUAGACCUCGACGGCAUCUUUCGGCAGGCGGUCCCUAACGAGGCCGACCUGGGGUUACAGGGAUACCCCGAGUCUGACGAGGCGCUGCGGCGUUGGGAGUCUGACGAGACGCUGCGGCGUUGGGAGCUGCUCCGCCGUGCCGAAAAGGACGAGCGCCGGCCCAGAACGGCAAGGGCAGCAUUCUGCGCGGUCAGCGGCGCGGGACCUCGCGAGCCCAUGACGAUCGUGCCCAGCAUCGGCCAUGUCUGCCGGCACAAAAAUAUGGCCCCUGUCAAGUUCCUCCACGAAAUUUUGUACAACAACAGCUUCCGAAAGAACGUGUACGACAGGGCCUUUGACUUCAAGUUCAGGCCGCUGCCGCCAGAGAUGGCCUGCAGGAAUGCAGUGCUACGUGCAACAGGGGAGGACGUCGAGCUGUUCUGUCUUGACCCCAGCAGGGCUAGUAUCAUUUGCCGGCGCCUGUUGCCGCCACACAAUCCGGACAAGGUCAAGGAGCCCUGGGACAUGGAUUACUCUAACCGCGUGUGCAUGAAACACUGCAUCCCGGAGCUGAACCUCGUCGUGGUCGGGUCUACGUGCGGCCGCGUGGCGCUCCUGCGGCUGACCAAGGCGCGCAGGGGCUGGAGGCAGAUCCGGCACGGAUUCCGGGUCGAGUGGGUGCUGCCGCGCACCAGGGAGGAGCAACGCAAGGCGCGGCCUCACGUCUGGAUGGUGGGAAUGGCCGUGUCGCGGGUGCCCCAGCCCGGCGCUCGCGGCGUCAACCUGUUCCCCCCGGGCCGUGGGGAGCGUCGCCGUCACAACCAGCCCCUGGUGGCCGACCCCGUCUACCGCUGGCGCCUCAUGCUGCACUUUAUGGACCACACCAUUCUCACAUACACCAUCGAAGACUCGGACCCGAACGGGCAGUGCUCCGUCAAGCCGUAUGCACCUUGAGGUCGACGCCAGCGUUAUCCAAACGAACCAUGCGGCGCCCCCGCUCACAUCAUCGACAGGCUCAACACUAGAAUCACCACCCGCAUCUUCUGGGUUUCAUCUCUACACAGUACAGAACGCCCCACGCGGCCUAUUGCUCUUUCCCCGUUGGCCAUCGCCCGCCCUCGGGGUCGUUUUUUUUUUUUUUUUUUUUU